CGCCAUUUGGCUCACAAUUCUCUGGUCUCCAGCUAUGUGGAAGCAGCUCUUUCGCCAGGAACCUCUGUUGCCUCAACGAACUAUCAAUUCAUCGAUCGAGAUACCGAGUCGUCGCUCACCCAUACUAUAUGUGCCACUCGAGAUUCGGCUAUGCAUCUACGCCUACCUCCUCCCUGACAGCAACCCAGUCUCCACAAGCCGAGCAUUGCAGGCCACGUGCAAACAGCUCGACAAUGAAGUUCGCCGUGAAGCCCUCAAUGCUUUCACACGAUCAAUGACCUCUAUUCAGAACACUUCGUUCAGUUCUAUCAUCACAUUCUUUUGCGCGUCGCGCCUCCACGUCGAAGCCGUUAUUCUCCUUCCCAUGAACUUUUUGCUCCUUCCCACACCGCGACCACGCCCUCUCGCAACGACGCCCUUCGAACGUUCAAUUCCUACAACCACACCCUGGCGCCACUACACCUGCCUUCAAAGAUCAUUUCUUUGAAACCUAUAAUCUCAUCGGCAAUUACUUCUCCCAAACAUUCGGCGAAAGACGCGCAGGCCAUGUGGACUUAUCCGCCGUCAAAGUCAUGGCUGGCGCACCGAUUAUCAUGUUACCUAUGCUCUGGUACCAAAUUCGUGCCUGGAGGUGGACUUGGAUGCUGACCUGGACAUUUACCUGGACGCAGUUUCGGGCGCUCCAGUUCACUCAGGAUGGAAAGCAAGAUGCAACGCUGAUCACGGGGAGUGGUCGUCUUGAUACGCCGAGGAGGUGCGUUGUGUUUGCGCUGCUGAAGGGGGUGGUUGGAUGCCGGUUCCGGAACGUUGAUGUGAGUUUUAGCAUGGCGUGAUGUGAUCGCAGGGAGUUGGGUACGAG